AUGGCGCCAGGUAUUGUUGACAAUGGGGACGAGCCACACUCAACCAUCAGCUCUGAGGUCAAGCUUACUGUAUACAUUCUUGAUGCAUGGAAUGAGGAGGCCCUUGCCCACGCGAAAACCCUCUUCAAUGUCAUUCAACCCGGAGACAGUGGAUUCUCUAAGUGGCGUCAAAACGCCUCGGCCCUGUUGAUUCGAGGAUCAUACCUUACCGCGGACGAUAUUGCAAGCUGUCCCAACUUAAUGGCUAUUGGCAAGCACGGUGUCGGCAUUGACAAGAUCGACCAAGAUGCAUGUGCGAAGCGUGGCAUCAAGAUCUGCAAUACACCAGGUGCCAAUGCGCGAGAUGUCGCCGAACUAGUCCUUGCUCUUACCAUAACAAUUGCUCGAGACAUUCGGUCCAUCACGACCCGCCAGAUGAUCAAGCCAGUUCCCAAGGAAACUUGCAACGGGCUUACCCUUUACAAGAAGACUCUUGGUAUCAUUGGCAUGGGAAAUAUUGGGCGAACAGUUGCGGAGAUAUUCCGUGGAGCUUUCGAUGCCGAUAUCAUUGCUUACGAUGUCUUCAUGCCAGACAAUGCUUGGCCACAUCUCGAGCAUAAGAGAGUUCAGGAUGUCCAAGAGGUCAUUAAAAAUGCCGAUAUUCUCUCUGUGCAUGUUCCUUUAACAAAUGAGACCCGCGACUUGAUUUCCUACAAGGAGAUUCAAUCAAUGAAACAGAAUGCAAUUCUGAUCAACGCGGCAAGGGGUGGGAUUGUCAACGAGGCCGAUUUGACCAAGGCUCUUGCUGAAGGCCAUCUUUGGGGAGCUGGAUUGGAUUGUCAUGAGCAAGAGCCACCAAGUUUUGAGAAGUAUGGACCUUUGUGGGGGAAUCUGAAUGUCGUUAGUACGCCUCAUAUUGGAGCUGCGACACGUCAGGCACAAACUGCAAGCGCUAUGGCAGCUGUGAACAAUUUGUACGAACACCUUAUGAGUCUUUCAAAUUAG